AUGGCAUCGGCUUCUUCGUUGGCCCAAUUCAAUUCAGCGCAAGGAGGUCAAGUUGGAUUCGAAACCAUUGAAAUCGACCCUCAAUUUGCUCAGGGUCUGGGUUUUAUGCAAGGGGACGUCGUCGAGAUAGGCCUCUUGCACGACCUGAGCAUUGCCCAGAUGGUUAACACAGAGCCAGUUACUUCGGAUGACUGGGAGAUCAUCGAAAUACACGCGUCUCAUGUCGAAUCUACGCUCCUCUCCCAGGUGCGCGUUGCGAAGAUUGGGCAGGAAAUCAAUGUUUGGGUCUUGGGUAGAACGCGUGUUCGGUUAACUGUGACUGGACUCGAACCGCAAAACAAAGGAAACGCGUUGCUGUUGACCACCAAUACCGAGGUCAGCAUUGCACCAAAGCUUCACAAGUCUCAAUCACCAGCAAAGAAGCCAGUGAAACCAGACGGCAAGCCAACUCCUCCGCAAGAGAAACAGUCUGCAUCUGAAAGCUCGUCCAAGCAACUCCCUGCAGCUACCGCGGUCUUGCGAGUGUUGCCUUCGAACCUCUGUCCUGGACUGGACUUCUCGGAAACGAAGGAUUCAGAAAUCAUGGCCUACGUGUCUCGAAAAUCAUUUCCGCAAGAAGCCUGGCCGUCGAAAGGCAGGGAUGCAGAAGGGACGCUUUAUGGAGUUCAAAUGAAGCGACUGACUCCCCCUGUCGACCCCUCGUCUUCAAAGCAGCUUGAGCCCGAAACUCAGCCCAAAAGCAUAUCUAUCGGAGCGGGAGCAAAGACGGAUACUAAUGAAGACAAAUUCACCACGCCUUCUAAUCAGAUAUUCAUUGGACACGACGACGAUCUCCCAAUCAGCCAUAUAGUCUUUUCCGUUCUACCCGAAGGAGUGGAGGAAUGGGAUCUCGUCAGGAUUUCCAUUGGAAAGGAUGCGAAGACCCUCGUCAUAAACCAGGACAGCGGGGCAUCUACCUUGAGCUCGCCCAUAUUACCCGUCGAACCUCCGACCUUCCUCGCCGGGGUAGAUGACAUCCUAGAACAUUGUGUCCAAUAUUGCUCGCGAGAGUAUCUAAACCAAUCGAGCUCAGGGACGGUUAACGGGGUCCCCGGUCUCCUCGUCACUGGCCUUCCGGGUUCUGGGAAGUCGUCGAUUGUUCGAAGUGUCGCUCGGUCUCUUCAGCAAAAUCGAGAGACUUUGGCCUUCACCUACUACGUCGACGUUUCCCGCUAUGCAGAAUCGCCCAUUGCUAAUGUCAAAGCUCUGUUUACUUAUUGGUUUGACCGCGUAUCAUGGCAUCGACCUGGCGUCUUGGUCCUUGACAACCUCGAUAAAUUACUGGGUGCUGAAGUCGAGCACGCGGAUUCAUUCCGCUCUCGACUCCUUACCGAGGUCUUCCUCCGCACAUUUUCGUCUGGAAGUCGCCUUGCACCACUUAAUGCAAAGGGAAUUGUAGUCAUCGCCACUGCCAGCUCUGUUGCAGGUCUGCAUCCCCGUUUGAACUCGUCGCACAUUUUCAAAGAAGUUGUAAACGUCAAACCUCCAAAUCGGGAUGCCCGCCGAGAUAUUAUUUCAAGGAUUGUUAAUGAUCGCCUGGAAGCAACGCAGGAUAUCACUGCCAACCCCAACUUGAACUUCACAGCUCUUGCCACACAAACUGAAGGCUACUCUGCGUCUGACCUUCAAGAUCUAGUUGCACGAGCAAUUCAUCAAGUUGCAAUGAGAAUCAGUUCAGAUCCUUCAGCACAUGGCGAGUUAUCAUAUGAAGAUUUCACCAAAGCGCAAGCCGAGUUCGUCCCCCUAACCUUGAGGGAUGUCAAGUUGGAGAAGUCGAGUACCUCCUGGAGCGAUAUUGGAGGUUUGUUCGAAACCAAACGCGUGCUUCGGGAAACCUUGGAAUGGCCCACCAAAUACGGACCUAUCUUUUCUCAGUCCCCGUUACGAUUGCGCUCAGGCCUGCUUCUUUACGGCUACCCUGGUUGUGGCAAGACGUUGCUGGCGUCCGCCGUUGCGAAGGAAUGUGGUCUCAACUUCAUCAGCGUCAAAGGACCGGAAAUCCUCAACAAGUAUAUCGGUGCCAGUGAAAAAUCCGUCCGCGAUCUCUUCGAGCGUGCAAGCGCUGCAAAACCUUGUGUGCUAUUCUUCGACGAGUUUGACUCUAUUGCUCCCAAGCGAGGACACGAUAGCACUGGCGUCACUGACCGAGUGGUCAAUCAGUUGCUCACUCAAAUGGAUGGUGCCGAAGGACUAGAUGGUGUUUAUGUACUCGCAGCCACAAGCCGACCCGAUCUCAUUGAUUCAGCUCUGCUUCGUCCUGGUCGUCUGGACAAGUCCGUUCUCUGUGACAUGCCAGACUUGGAUGAUCGAAAAGACAUCCUACGUGCGGUAGCGAAAAAACUGACCUUUUCCGCGUCUAUCAACCUCGACCGUAUUGCCGAAAUGACUGAAGGUUACUCAGGCGCAGACCUUCAGGCACUCCUGUACAACGCACAUCUGGAUGCAAUCCAUGCGAGCCUGGAUACCUCGCCGAUAUCGCAAACAUCAUCCCAAGAGACGGAGAUUCCAAUCAAGUAUCAGGUCAUUGGUGGUUCCGGAGACAAGGCUACCAUGAGUCGCGCAGAGACUUCGGCGUUCGAGAGAAGGCUCAAGCAAAUCCAAUCUAGUAGAGCCUGCAGGUCAAAGACUGCCGGUAAGAAAGAAGAGACAACGAGGCCUACAUUUGAGAAGAAGACUGAAGUUCAGGAGGAAGAUAUCCUGAAGGCGAUGAAGACUAUGCGUCCGUCUGUCUCUGUCGAGGAACGUCGGCGUCUGGGACGAAUUUACCGUGCAUUUGUUUCCGACAGAAGCGGAGAGAUGCCAGUCCCUCCUGAAGGUGGUGGAAUAGGGAGCAGAGCCACUCUCGGUUAA